AUGAGGAAUUUCUGGGCACUUCCAGCUCUUCUUAGGCUUGCGCUGGCAAGCCAGCACACUUUCAGCGUUCUCGAAGACCUCCUCGCGCACCCUCAGUACAAGGUCCUCUUCCCUGACUCUUUCGUGUCCGAGUCCUACGCCGAGUCGCAAUUGGCCUACGCUUCAUCUCAAGCCACCAAGCCGACUGCGCCGGAGUCCCAAGAGACAAUCGAUCUGUCCUACGAGAGCAACGGGCAUACAGAGCAGAAUAGGAAUGAUGAUGGCUACAGUCCGACAGAAUCAUAUGAGGUCAUGCGACUGGGCGAUCUGCGCUACCUCUGCAGCAUACCUACAGUACAAUCCGCGCCCCAGAACGACACCUCGAAACCUGCGACAGCAGAGGAGGAGCAGAAGGAGCUCGCACGCGCGUCAGACCGGGGCUGGGAGCUCCUCAAGAGCAUGGAGGGCAACUGCGUAUACUUCCACUCCGGGAAGUGGUGGUCAUACUCGUUCUGCUACAACGCGGAGGUGAAGCAGUUCCAUCAGCUGCCCCCGAGUCGAGGCGUACCGAUGUACCCGCCGGUAGAAGACCCGAGCGUGCAUAGCUUUGUACUGGGCAAGUACCCGGGCAAAAGUCAAGAUGGCGACAGGAAGAGCUUGGGUGCUGUAGAGGACGAGGAGGGUGACGGUCCGGCCGAGACGGGUGUCGCACGGCUGGUGACGAAGGGGGAGACAAGAUACAUGGCGCAGAAGCUGGGCGGAGGCACUCGAUGUGAUCUAACGGGAGAGCGCCGGAAGAUCGAAGUUCAGUUCCACUGUCACGCUGCUUCGAAUGACCGGAUAGCUAUGAUCAAGGAAGUGGCCACGUGCUCAUACCUUAUGGUCAUCUAUACACCACGCCUCUGCAAUGAUGUUGCUUUCCUCCCACCUCAAGAGAACACAGCGAAUACUAUCAGUUGUCAGCCGAUAGUCGCCGAGCAGGACGUCAGCAAAUGGGCCGCCGCUGAGCCUGCAAGCGGGGAGGGUGUUAUGCCGCACGGCUUCGGCGAAGAACGGCCGGUUGUCGGCGGCAUCGAAAUUGGCGCAAAGAAAGAUGUUGGCUCGGAAGGCAAAGUUAUCGAGAAGUCGGUCAUCGUUGGUGGCGGCAAAGAGAAUCUCCUCGGUACUGUUGCUGCGAGCGAUGCCGGCGCCAAGAUACUCAGCAAGGAAGAUCUGAAGAAGCUUGUGCCCGUGACACACAAGGACUUGGAGAGACUGAAGAGGGACGUGCAAAAGAUGGCGGGAGACAAGAGCUGGCGACUUGAGCUGGUCGACACCCCAAGAGGUAGAGAGUUCAGGGGUAUCAUUGACGCUGAUAGGGAAGAUGAAGAGGUGAAGCGGGAAGAGGGCGAUGAGGAGCCUGAUGGCGAUGAAGUCGAAGGCAGUGAGGAGACUUACAAGGAGGAGUUGUAG